AUCCAGCUCCUAGGCGCCUUCUUCCGGUCUCUUGGUAGACUAUCUAGGCCCGCGGCGGCUCGGUGGUGACGGUGGCGGGAGCUGUUUGCCGGGCUUGGUGGCCUCGGGACGCUCAGGGUGUCCUUGCUGGGCUGGGCAGGAAAGAGCCUUGAGGGUCGGACACCACCUCAAAGGCAGGGGCCCGGCACCCGGGCUCCCCUCAGUGGCCACGCCGCUGUGCAGCGAACGGGCUGGUUCUCAGAGAUCUUCCGGAAGAGGAGCCUCCCUCUCUCCGGUGCAGGGGACCACCCAUGCCUCUCCUAACCCAGCACGUUGAGCACGAGGACGAACCGUACUGCUUGGUGGCCAGCCUUGACAACGUUAGGAAUCUGUCCACUGUCCUGAAAGCCAUUCAUUUCAAAGAUCACGCCACGUGUUUUGCUACUAAAAAUGGAAUCAAGGUUACAGUGGAAAAUGCAAAGUGUGUGCAAGCAAAUGCCUUUAUUCAGGCUGAAGUGUUUCAAGAAUUUAUCAUUCAAGAGGACUCUGUUACGUUUCGAAUUAACUUAACUAUCCUUUUAGACUGUUUAUCUAUUUUUGGAUCAAGUCCUACACCAGGGACUUUAACUGCACUUCGGAUGUGUUACCAAGGUUAUGGUCACCCUUUGAUGCUGUUUCUAGAAGAAGGGGGAGUGGUGACAGUCUGCAAGAUUAACACUCAGGAACCUGAAGACACUCUGGAUUUUGAUUUCUGUAGCACCAAUGUUAUGAGUAAAAUUAUCCUGCAGUCAGAGGGGCUCCGUGAAGCAUUUUCUGAGUUGGACAUGACAAGUGAUGUCUUACAGAUCACCGUGUCCCCCAACAAACCCUAUUUCAGGUUAUCUACUUUUGGAAAUGCAGGAAGCUCCCACCUUGACUAUCCUAAAGAUUCUGACUUGAUGGAAGCAUUUCACUGUAAUGAGACCCAGAUCAACAGAUACAAACUUUCUUUACUGAAGCCCUCUACAAAGGCGUUAGCUUUAUCUUGUAAAGUGUCUAUUCGGACAGAUAAUCGAGGAUUCCUCUCAUUACAGUACAUGAUUAGAAAUGAAGAUGGGCAAAUAUGUUUUGUGGAAUAUUACUGCUGCCCCGAUGAAGAAGUUCCUGAGUCUUGAAGCGCAGAGAGUCUUUUGAAAGAAGGGGAUGGGGUAGAAGGACCUGGAGGGAGCAGGAGCUUCAGAAGGAGACCAACAAAGCCAAAUAUCUGGGUCCAGGGUGCCUGAAGAGACUGAUGCAGCAAGGACCAUGCACAGAGAAGACCUGGACCCCCUGCUCAGAUGUAGCCCAUUGGCAGCUCAGUCUCCAUGUGGGUUCCCUAGUAAGGGGAGCAGUGACUGUCUCUGACAUGAACUUGGUUGUCUGCUCUUUGAUCACUUCUCCCUGGCGAUUCAGCCUUGCCAGGCCACAGAGGAAGAGGAUCCAGGCAGUCCUGAUGAGACUUAAUAAGGUAGGAUCAGAUGGCAAGGAAGGAGGACUUCCCCUUUCAAUGGACUAGGGCAAGGGGAUAGGGGAGAAGGGGAAGGAGAGUGGGACCAGGAGGAGAUGAGUGAGGGGAGUACAACUGGG